ACUAGCCUGAUCUCUCUUGGUGAACGUUAUUGCAUAUAUUAGGCAAAGAAUUGUUGAGUUCGAGAAGCCAUCAUGCUACCAUCAUCACUCGCCUUUCAAUCUUGUCAACAAUACCUAUACAGUGGCUCUAAACGCGGUUUCGAAUAGUCCAGCUCGCAAUCGCAUCCCUUGAACUCUAGAGUUGCCGAAGGGUGGUGUAUGCCCUAAGGUCGAUGAACUAUCUGCAUCCGACUCGGAGUGGAUGAGGUCUCUGCUCAGCGAACUACGGGACGGUGUGAGAUGUAAAGCAGUGAAGGAGCACCUACGACCCGAAUCCGACGAGUUUGUCCGGCUGGAACUGAAUCGAGGAAUCUGCGGCCUUCCGAGCAUUUUCUAUGCUGUUCAGCAUGGCGAUAUCCGCAUCUUGCAAGAGUGGGUAGGAUACGGAGUCUCUGUAAACACUGUGUCUCCUGACUCGAAUAUGCCGCUUCUCGGAUUCUCCAUCAUUCGAUCUACAGACAAGGAACACGAUAAAACCGAGAUGGUCACAACUCUUCUUCGUCUCGGGGCUUCUCCAAGUUUCGUCCCAAAGGCCCUCAUCUUCCCCUUACACGCUAAGUUGAACAUAUCCGACUCCCUGAAAAAAGCUAGUCACAAAUGCGGCGACGACGAUGACAAAUGGUGGGAAGGAAAUAUGGGAAAGCAAUUUCUAUCCGGUCUGAAUCUUACUCCAAGAUACCUCCUUGCCAAAGCCAAAGGAAUUCCAGAGCUUCCUCCAAGAUUUUGGCAAGUAGCGAAACGACAUGAAUCGGAGGCUAUCUUCGGCAUCCACUAUCUCGUUGCGCAAGAGUAUGCAGUGUCCGAAUUAAUCAGACACUUACUUGGCUAUUUUCUCCUCCAAUCCGAACGACCUCUGGUCCUCGUAUUUGGCAGACCGAGUGGACACGGGAAGACUGAAAUAGCAAAAUGACUGGGCAAGCUACUGUCCCCGGAUUCCGAGGUUGUAUAUUGCACGACAGUAAAGGAUGCUCGCGACAUGUUUGGUCAAAGAGCUCACGUUAUGGGAUCCGUGGACCGGUCGGCUCUCAACAGCUUUCUUGCAAAUCAUAAUAGCCAAAGAUCCAUUGUAUUCCUAGAUAAAUUCGAGAAAUUCGGUUCUAGCGUUCAUCAGGCGCUGCUUAUCCCAUUUGACGAAAGUA